AUGCCCUGGCUCCCGCCCUUGGGAGACCAGGAGGAUACUAGAGACAGCCCGCUCAGCCUGCCUCCCCUGGCUGCUCCCUUCUUUGUUAAACCCCUUCCUGACAAACCACAGAAUCCAUUGAUGGAUAGAAUGGAAAUGUACUGUUCCAAACAUUCCGGCCGAAGAGCGGAACGAGGGAUUACGGAUUCCGUUGCUCCGAACGAACCUAAUGUAGUUCAAGCUGACCCUCAGCAUGCCUCCGAAAGUACGCUGUGGGAUGAUGCUCUAAGGUUGGAACAUACUCGAACGCCGAGCCUUUUAUCUUGGGAUACGCUUCGUUUCUCCCAUUCACCGAAAUCUCUAGGCACACCCUUUCUAUCGGAAGGAACGAGCGAAGACUUCGCCAUCGCCAGACAUUUUGUACAACCGCCGCUCUUCAAAGACUUAAAGUCAGACGUAACAUACGUCACCGAAGGAGAGCUUCUUCAGUCAUUGCGAGCGACAGUACUUGGUACUUCUUCCCGGUUGUACCAGUGGGAUGGCCUUUCAGAACUGUUUCAACCAAUGUUCGCGCAUGGGAAAUCGUCUCUUCUACUAGUCUAUGGUAAAGACGAAAAGAUCAGCGCGAGGCUCGUUUCCGCCGUCUUUCUGUAUCUUUCUUCUUGCUCACAUCUAGCUCUCAGUAUUGUCCGGAGAUUCACAGCCGUUGGUGCUCUUCUGCGUCGACUGGAUAUCCUAGUUGACUCCUUGAAGGCGCAGAGUCAUCCAGAAGCAUCUACAUUUUACGCAUUCACUCAUGCGAUCUCGUCUCUCCUUCAGUACGCUCGGAGCGAACUGGCAACUCUCCCGUCUCUGGAUACCAGCGUCAACUCCGAACGACAACUCUUAAUCGAGAUUUCAACAAAAUAUGCCGAAGUAGAAGAAAUUAUGACUGCGGUCGCUGUACUCUGCAGACGGGAUCUACAGACUUCUCCGAGACAAUAUCAACCGCUGCCAAUUUCCACCGAGAAUCUGCUUUCUCAUGUAUAUCUCCAUAUCAAGUCGUUAACAGAAAGAGCAGCAGGCAGAAGAGUCAGGGCAGCUGUCGCCUUCAUCCUUACAACAAUCUCCCAAGGCUAUUUCAAGACUAUCAGCAAAUCCGUGGGCCUUGGAGCCGUCGAUAUCACUGCGUCGUCCGAGGAGCCGCUGGAAUUGCCCGAGGAAGAUGAAGAAAGCUCGGACGAGUCCGACGAAGUUCAAAUUGAACGCCGUGGUGACAGUUUGCCUGCGGCGUCAUUUCCUGUGUUCUUCUCUUCCGAGUUAGCGGAUACUAUACCGAGAGCCCGCAAGUCUCUAGAACUGCUCAAGGCUGCCCAGAAUGACCACCCCCUUUUGCACUACUACGAGCCUUUUUCUGAUCUUGGCUGGUUUUGGACGGAAGAAGAAGUCAUCUCUGCAUGGAACCGCACACAGCUUUCCGAUUCGAAGCCAAGGACGGCGGAAGAGACGUCAUCUCAAGAGCUGGCGCUCUCAGCGGUCUCGGAAUCAAAAUAUAAAGAAGAAAUAAAGGAAUUCCGCAUAUUCGAUCUCCCUCCAGGCGAGACCCUCGGACAGGAGGCAUCGGACGCGCGCUUGCCAGUCUCCCCAGAUUAUUCUGUUCAGUCAUUCAUAUCCGCGUUCCCCUCUGAGCUACCCUCCAUCACGCCGACGUUGGAUCAUCUCAGCGAACUAGUUCUGACGCCUCUUCUCGAACGUACUCGGUUAUUGUCUGGAGCACUGCUGGAGAUAUUGACUUCCCCCUCGUCUUACUUCAACUUCCACAAUCACGUCUACCUCCUCAGAUCAUACCUCUUACUCACGUCCCACUCCUUCCGGAGUCGCCUCGAGGCUGCUUGUUUCUCUGACUCUGAGGACCGCUAUCGUGAUAAACAGGCUGCAAGGUCGCUGGUUGUACGGCCUAGCCGCACUUCCGAAGCUGGAAAAGAUGAGAACUGGGCUGUCGGACUUGCUCCGGAGCUGAUGGAACGGCAAUCUUGGCCUCCGGGAGGUACUGACCUCAGCUUCUACCUCAGAACAGUUAUUGUAGAUUCCUUAGAAGCGAAUUUCGAUGAAGCUGACAGUGAAGACGAGGGUGGUGUGGUCGAGAGGGCUGGACGCGCUCGAAUAUUUCAAGAAGCAGAUUCCCGGUUGGGAUUCGCGAUACGUGAUCUGCCAACAGGUACCGGCAGAGAAAAAUGGCUCAACCCACUAUGUGCGGCCCUUGAUUUCCUGUACAUGGAGUAUCGACCUCCCCAUCCGCUGGAUGUGCUUAUCACGCCUGAAGUCAUCUCAAAAUACCAGCGCAUGUUCGCUUUCCUCCUACGACUUAUGCGAGUGGAAAAUGGCGUCCGUUCUCUAUACCGUAUGACCAGACGAAAGUCUGAUCCUCUGUUCCCCACCCUAGCGUCGUCCAAUAAACUAUUGCUCCACUUCCGCUUUGUGGCCCACUCGUUCGUGAUGGUGAUAUCGACAUACGUUUUCGACACGGCUAUCCGGGGCAACUUCGACGUGCUCCUUUCCCGCCUUUCGUCUACAACAACGCCAGGCAAUGAAUCCUUCUCAGACGUCUUUACCCUUGCCGACCAUCACUCUAGUGUUAUGGACGACAUUCUCAGCGCAUGCUUACUGCGAUCAGGACAGAAAGCAGCCGGAGACCUGCUGAGAGGCUGUCUCGAGUAUGUCCUUGAUCUAUGCAACUUAGCUGGGAUGAGGCGAGAAAAUAGGCGCGAAGAGUAUGAAGCAGCGCCAAUGUUGGAGGAUCUAUACAACGCUUUCGACUCCAGGAUGACUACAUUGGUGAAAGUUCUCAGAGGGGUUGUCGAAAAGGAAGCAGCCAUGUCCGACAUACCACUCGAGUACAUGGACAUGCUCAGCGGAGACAGACUUGCUGCUCUUCGAGGCACAGGUAGUCUCCGUCACCUGCUUCACCAAUUGGACAAAACUCAUCGGUCACCACACGUGCAUUGA